AUGGCAACAGAGAGUGUAGAAAAGACGAGUGAGGAUGCAUUGCAAGCAGGUAAGGUUGGCACCAGAUAUGACUUGGAGAAGGAGACUGAACUUCGUUUUGAAGUGGAGGCUGGGGAGGCUGCAGAGCAAGUUGAGUUGGAACUUCUCACAGGAAUGGCAGAAGUGUUUGGCUCAGAAUUGAACCGGAACAAAAAGUAUACUUUUGGACCAGGUGCAAAGAUCGCUGUAUUCACUUGGCAAGGCUGCAGUGUGACCCUUUACGGGAAGCCAGAGGUGGCUUACGUGUCCAAAGAUACUCCCAUGCUUCUUUACCUGAACACACACGCUGCAUUGGAGCAGAUGAGAAAACAGGCAGAGCGAGACAAUGAGAGAGGGCCAAGGGUGAUGGUGGUGGGACCUACAGACGUGGGCAAGUCGACUGUGUGUCGAAUGUUACUGAGCUACGCUGUUAGAGUGGGCAGAAGGCCCACGCUGGUGGAACUGGAUGUUGGCCAGAGCGGGGUGUCAGUGCCAGGGACAGUGUCAGCACUGUGCAUCGAGCGUCCAGCAGAUGUGGAGGAGGGCUUCUCAGUCCAGGCUCCUUUGGUCUACCACUUUGGCUCAACUUCUCCAGGGACCAACAUCAAACUUUACAACAAGCUGACGUCCUGCCUGGCUGAGGUGUUUUCCCAGCGCUGUGAGGUGAACAGGAAGGCCAGCGUUGGUGGCUGUAUCAUCAACACAUGUGGCUGGGUGAAAGGCUCUGGUUACCAGGCUCUGGUAAACUGCGCCUCUGCCUUUGAGGUAGACGUGGUGCUGGUACUUGACCACGAGAGGCUGUACAAUGAACUAAAACGAGAUCUCCCUCACUUUGUCCGCGUCGUGCUCCUGCCCAAGUCUGGGGGAGUGGUCGAGCGCUCCAAGGAGUGCCGACGUGAGGUACGGGAUGAGAAAAUCCGUGAAUACUUCUACGGCUUCCGGGGAGUGUCCUUCUACCCUUUCUCAUUUGAAGUGCGUUUCUCUGAUGUUCGCAUCUAUAAAAUCGGGGCACCUUCCAUCCCAGAUUCGUGCCUGCCACUGGGAAUGUCUCAGGAGGACACCCAACUCAAGCUGGUUCCUGUGACACCAGGAAGAGACCUCACCUAUCACGUGCUGAGUGUUAGCACUGCAGAGGAUGGAGACGAAGGGGCAAGAAAGGGAAUCGUGGAGAGUCCUGUGUGUGGUUUUAUUGUCGUGACCAACGUGGACACACAAGCACAGGUGAUGAAAGUGUUGUCCCCAGCACCCAGACCACUGCCCAGACACACACUGCUCAUCAUGGACAUACGUUUCAUGGACACCAAAUGAGGAGAAGCAGCCUUGUUUACCGAGUUUUUGACCGAGCUGGUCCCGAAUCCCAAUGGCACCAAGUGAGGAAAUGUUUAAAUAAUUGCAUCUGCUGCCAUAUAAUUUCCAUUUUAUUAACAGGAUUGUAUCAUGCCUUUUUUGCUAAAUGAUAUUUUUAUAUAUGACAUACUCUUGAGAGAGGGUUUUACAACUUUCCUCCCCUCGUCUCUUCGGAAAUAGAUUAAGAAUGAAAAUUUGUAUCAUUCCACGUCUUGUCAUCUUCUGGAUGUCCAGUCAUUAUAUACUAUACUGCAUUACUAAAUAAACCUUCGGUCUUCACGUUUCUA